AAAUUGCCCUUUGUGUGCCCCGUACGGGAUUGCCGAGUUCUUUCCAUCACUAUGAGGGCUCUGUCGUCACAUUUUCACGGGAAGCACAACCGCUCCUUGUUUAACGACAAUGGGGAUGGCACAUUCUCCAAGGUUGGCGACUACGUGAACGAAGAGAGCAGUUCUCCAGGCAUCAUCGUGUCUUGCAAUCUUCUAUCGCCGGGAGCGCCACCGCCUGCGAGGCCAAAAACCACACCGGUCCCAUUGCCUGUCCAGGCCGCCACUCUUAUGUCGUCGCCGCUAACGGUGCCAUCAAUACCACCGCCGCCGCCGCCUCCCCCUAUUCAAUCUUUGGAACCUCCCAUGACCGAUGUUCUCCGAUAUUUACACAGGAGUCUCUCGCCCAGCCAGCAAGUCCCUACCCGGAUAGACAUAAUAGCAUUGUCAAAAUACAAGCAGGUUCGUAACCUGCCGGGUGUAUGGUGGGAGCAUCAUCAUGAUAAGACACUUGAUCCCCUCCAAUACGCCUGUAUCCUUGCAUAUCUUGUGGGUGAGGCGGAAGAAAUGAAUCCCUGUCGCAGGUGGAAAGGGCUGUCGCGGCUGAGUGAUCCAUGCGUGGGUUUGCCUCGAGAUCUACCAGCCGAGGCGAGAGCCGCGUUCAGUAAAUCGGCGACAUGCAUUGCUUGUCAAUACCAAUUUUGCUGCUACCGACUCAAGAACGAAUGCGAGUGGGCCAACAAUGAUGGUAAGCAGGAUCUUAAUGGCACGACCGAGGGGGCGGUAUCCCAGCAAAAUCAUCAAUCGGUUGAAGAGAGUGAUAAAGUAGUAGUACUAGAGGAUGAGGAUGUGGACGGCGGCGCGUCGACCAGACGGAGCAACGGUUUGUCUACGUCGACAAAGCAGCCUGAGCAAUACUCCGUGCAAAGUUCUGAGAAAAAGAGCCCCCCGCUCUCAACGACUGCCCUAACAACCUCAAUAGCUGGUCAGAAGCCAUCAUCUGCUGAGGUGGCGGAGAUGGAGGAGAUGGAAGACUGGGAGAUAGCCCCCGGUACUAUGAAGGAUGAAAAGACGAAUAUGAAUGUCGGUUUUUCCAACGCCUACAUGUCUAACCAGCAUCCCAUUACGAUAUCACCAGGCCUUAGCUUCAACGUUCUCAUUAUAAAACCAGGGCACACGCAUCACUGGCCUAUCGAGGCGACCAAGGUGCGCACAUGUUCGGUAGCCUCAGGCAAAAUUAGUGUCAAGAUGGGAAACGACCAGGCGUUCAAGCUGGGCCCGAACGGCCUAGUCGUCAUACGGUCAGGCCAGAGUUGCAUGCGAGGGACAGCCAUGGCUCUAGGCGGCGGCCCCCCGAUACAGCGGGUCACCACUGGUCUCGCCCUGGACGUGCCUGUUCCCUCUCCUACUCGGACCAGAUCUGGCAGAACGAGGCCGCCGAGCACCUUCACCGAUACAGACGAGACUGAUUUGAAGCCUGGAGAUGGCGGGCAGUUUGUCGAGAAGCAGCGGGCUGGACAGGGCGGGCUGCGGUUCACGAUUGAUCCGGAGGGCCGACUAACACACGACGAGACGAGCGUCGACGUCGUUACGGUUCCGUGUCCGGCCGCCCAUCCGCUGCGCAGCUGGAACCGCGAUGGCCUCAUGGGAAGGUACUUUGGCGCGCCGUCGAUGCGAGAUGCCGAGGUUCAUGAGGCGGAGCGGCAGAACCCGUCGUGGGUGAGGCAGGGUAUCCGGAGGGAGGCCAACAUGGCGCGGAUUCUGCUGUAUGAGCAUCCGGAUAUUAGCGAGGGGACGACACUCAACAUGCUGGCUAUUGCGCUGUUGGAUGAGUUGAGGGCGUUGAGGACCCGGGAGAGGCAUCAGGAGAGGCCGCUGCUGUUUAUUGGGCACAGCAUCGGAGGGUUGGUGGUCAAGAUGGCGCUGGUGAAGGCUAGUAGGGAUACUAGGUAUGAGGGCAUCUUGCGCGAGUGUUACGGGGUUGCUUUCUUUGGAACACCGCACCAGGGCUCCAGCUACUUUGCCAUGCCCACCCUCGCGUCGAGCAUCCAGCACCUGCUCCAGCUCUCGGUACCUUUGCCUAUAUCGUUGACGGACGAUCUGCGCAUGGGAAACCACCUUCUCCUCCAUGUGGAUGAGGACUUCAAGGUCGUGUCAGACGAUCUCCGCGUGUGGACGUUUUACGAGACAAUCGACUCCCGCCUCUCUGCCAACUCGGGAAACAUCUACUUUACCGCGCCGCUCACGUCGAUCAAGUCUGCUAUUCUCGGGAUGCGCCAAGAACGUAUUUUCCCCCUGCAGAGCGACCACGCCAACAUCGCGUCGUUUGGGAGACACAAUGUUCACACUCUACGCAUGUUCCUACGACAACUAGCGGAAAACAUUGAAAAGGCGGAUUCAAAUGCUAGAGAGGACGCAAGAGGGGGCAAAUGGAUGCUGAACUUGGAGCAAAAGGUUACGGUAGAGGUCCAUGGCUUCUUUGACGAGGCGGGCAUUGAGGAUGGCACCGUGCGAGCUUGGUCCACGAGGUUGCCGCUGAGAGAGUUUAUGAAUAAAGGUCCAGAAGCCUGUCUCAGCGAGAGAUUGAAUGAGGUGGAAAUCCCCCCCGAAGAAGGAAGAUUCCUGGCUAUGAGAGGAAGGACGGGCUUGGUUGAAAUGGAGGGACCGCCGGUUACUGUUUCAUUUCCUCCCGAUCCUGUGACUGUGAAGAAUGCUCUGGGAAUCAGCCACGCCGAACUUGAGCAUGAACAUGAACAUGAAAAUCCUCAUCCUCUGCUUCACCAGACUUCGGCGCCCCCUGCAGUGUUGCCAGUCCCGCCAUCGCCACUCAUUCUUCCAGUUGACUCCCCUAGAUCAAGGCCGAGGUUGAGCACGGAAUCUGCACCAACGGCAAUGGUUUCGCAGCCCGGCGUUGGACCCUUGACGCCUCCCUCUCGACCCAACUCGCUUCCCCCUCGGCAAUCGACGCCUUUUCGCAAGCCGUCACCUCUCAUGCGUGCUAGCUUGGAUCAGGAGCUCGCCAUUGAUCGCCUAUCACCUCCUUUGAGAGGGAGAGUGGGGAGAAACUCCUUCAGCCGCUCAAUGAGCCUUGAUAGCGACAUCGGGGGCACAUCUCCUCCUCGAUAUCGCGACUUUCCACCUUUCUCCCAGAGGAGCCGCAGCACAUUCGAUAGAGUUCUCACAGGAGAGGAGAAUGAUACUGAAGAUGAUGAGCUUGAUGCAUCCCCGAAGCUACCUGAGAGUGUUCUUGCGAUUCGAAAAAUGGCAAAAGAAAAGGGGCAUAGAGCAAGUGAAAGCGCCAUUGUGGAUGAUGCUCCUCAAACCCCUUUUAUGAAGCCAAUGGCCAAGGCGCGCAAGUUUGUUUGGAUUCAUUUGCCGUUUAAUAAUCCUACCUGGGUAACUGUAAUAUCUCCACGAGGUCAUUCAGGACCGAGCCGCUCCCUUUCCCCCCCUGGCGGAGACGAUCAGAUGUAUGUCUGUCUGUUUCUUCCGUACCUCCACUUUGACUCGUACAAGAGGCUUAUUCGCCGGCGUGAACUGAUUGCUAAGCGCCUGGCCCACGGCAGGGCUCGGCCCAUUCCUGAAUCUGUAGCCAAAUCAGAUUCCUUGGAGUUGCAAGUCGUAUGGGAGUUCCUGGGGCACGACCCGCCAAUCAAUUGCCGGCGCACGCUAGAUCAGUUUGGGUAUCCGUCAAUGAGGGAUACGCGAUCGCGGGAUGAUGACCAGAUGUUGUAUAAGUUGACAAAAGAAAGGUACUACGAUGUAGCAGAGUAUCGGGGGCUGUAUAACCAGACUUCUGGCAGCGAUCUCAGAUCUGGAGACAGCAGCAAUAAAAGCGGAAACGGAAGUGGAAGCGGUAGCGGCAGUGGAAGUCGCACAUCUAGCUGGCGAGAGAGACUAAGCAAAGAGGCUGAGGAGAAUGGCGAAGAGGAGACUGAAAAGGACGUGCUGAAUGGAAAUGUGCUCAUGGUGGAUCAGCUAUGGCUCUGGACUAUCUCAACUCAUACACUACUCUCAUUCUUCCCCAAGCGAGAGAGCGAUCCCAUCGAGGGACCGCUGUAUCAACAAGCAGAUCUUCGAGACAGCAUCUUCAACGAUGUCAAUGUAGAUUUAACACGCCUAUGUGAUAACUCCCUGGACCUUGCCGCCUUGGCAGCUCUGCAUGCGGUGAGCGUGCUUCUUGAUCGCGCUUCUCAUCCUGAUUUAGAAGUGUUCCGAAUAUUUGAAGAAGCCAUUAGUGUCUUGACCGAAAAGCUUACAACAUCGCUCAAGGAAUUCCGCUCAGAGGGAUUUCGUGACAAGGCCUUCGACUACGAGCCGGUGGAGAAUAAAGCUCGAUCAAUUCGGGAGCGGCAUAAAGAGGAGGGGCGACGGGCUGAGCAGGAGAAUAGAGACAACACAUCAGCGUUGUUGGAGCUUCGAGACAUUGAGGACGAAUUGGCAACGCUGCUUGGUCUUUUCGAGAGACAGUCCAAAGUAAUUUCGUCGAUGCACACCAUCUACAACCGCCCCGAGAUGCGGCCGCACACAGUCCAUGGAAGAGGAUUCCUUGCUGAGGCGCUGAAGCGACUGGCUGAGUAUAUCCAUACGACAGAGGAAAUGGUUCGCCGGGUGAAGAACACCCGAGACGAGUACGACAAGCUGCUUCAGAUGGUGCAACGGCAGGCACAAGUCGACGAAGUGCGACUAAGCAGGCUGCACGCGGAUCUCGCCAGCGCGCAGAGCCGAAGCGUCCUGAUCUUCACCACGUUCACGGUCAUCUUUCUUCCACUGCAGUUCUUCACGGGUGUCUUUGGCAUGAACACACGCGAGUGGGGAGGCGGGGACAACCUGACGCUGAAGACAAUUGGCGUGAUUGCAAUUCCGGCAAGCGUCGCUUUGAUCGUUGGGACGCUCAUCGUUGCGUGGAGCACCACUGCGCGACGCUUCUUCAAAUGGAUCGGCAGGCGAUACGGCAGGAUGAUGCGCUGGUUAUACGUGAUUUUUGGGAGACCCGUGACUAGGAAGGUGAUGAUAUUCAUAGCAAAGAGGGGGAAACGACGGCAAAGGCAAGGGGAUGAUCGCGAUGGAAAUGGUGGGCUGAGUACGGAGACGAGCGACUUCUGGGAGAGGCAUAGGCUUGAGAGGGAGAGGGGAUAUCAGAUUCCCGAGGUGAAUAAG